AAGACAUUUCGUAAUAACUCGCGAGACCAAUAGUAUAUAAAAGAUAUGAUAUGAGAUAUAGACUAGACAAUAUCUCCAGCAGAGGACCACAGUGUAACGGAAUCUCCUGGAGAUGAAGUGGUUUUUGCUGGUAUUAGGACUAAACCUCGCGCUAGGCAGGGUGCCUAAGGACGCUAGGGAUUUCUCCGUAGAAGAGGACGGUAAUGGCGGUUGGACUUUAAGUAUAACCCAUGAUGGUGUGAUCACGGAACUUGGAACUAUUGGUCGUGGCGUGCCCAUGGACCAAGUCACAUUCGAGUUGAAUGAAGGUCAUGAUGAAGCGAGCGGCGGCCACAGACUGUCCAUCAGAUGGGAUGGACCACCAGGCGUCGUCUUUCAAGACUGCUUUGAUUUCAAUAACGGCCAAUGGUACGGUGGCCCCGAACAAAAACAACAGUACUGGCCUAUUCAGAACGGUAAACUCAACAAAUAUUCUAUGAUCUCUAAAGAGGAUGACAACGCUGCCGUCUCAGAAAGAUAUUGGCUAAACUCCAAUGGAACAUAUAUUUACGUGCAUGCAGAAACGCCUCUAUUCGUUGACUACCAUAAUGUUCUACACAAUCAUAUUUGCUUAAUUGCCGAAGUCACUGAUCCAUAUUCUUCGAGAAGAGUUCACAAUAAUCUCAAAUACGACGUUUGGUUCUUCAAUAACCCCAAAGAAGCACAUCAACAUGCUGUUGCCACUUAUUUAGGGAAACCUACUGGUAUACCUGACCGUAGGAUGAUAGAGGCUCCAAUCUGGUCAACCUGGGCUCGAUAUUCCCGUGAAAUUAAUCAAGAAAACGUUUUGGAGUAUGCUAAAGAAAUAGCACAAAGUGGAUUUGGAAAUUCUCAGUUAGAUAUAGAUGACUUGUGGGAAAUCUGUUAUGGCUCGUUGACUGUGCAAGAAAAUAAAUUUCCUGACUUGAGAAAGCUGGUACACGAUCUCAAAGAUCUAGGUUUCAGAGUUACCAUGUGGGUUCAUCCGUUUAUUAAUAAGGACUGCGAGCCUUGGUAUUCUGAAGCUUUGGGAAAGGGAUACUUAGUCCUAAACGAAGAAGGAAUUCCCGAUACUACUUGGUGGAACGACAACGGAUCGGUCCCUGGUUAUAUAGACUUCACCAACCCAGCCGCGAGCCAGUGGUACAGCGAGAGAUUACAUUCUCUCAUUGAUACAUAUGGCAUUGAUAGCUUAAAAUUCGAUGCGGGAGAAUCUAGCUGGUCUCCUCAGAUUCCAGUGCAAAAUGGUGAUAUUGAUCUUCAUCCAGGUAAUAUUGUUGUCGAUUACAUAAGACUAGUGGCUCAGUUCGGAAACAUGAUCGAAGUUCGCUCCGGAAUGAGAACUCAAGAUCUACCGAUCUUCAUCCGUAUGGUCGACAAGGACACUCUGUGGGAUUGGGACAACGGUCUCUACACUUUGAUCACCACACUUCUGCAGAUGAACUUAAACGGUUACACACUGGUGUUACCAGACAUGAUUGGAGGCAACGGUUAUAACGCUAAGCCCAGCAAGGAAUUGUUUGUGAGAUGGACUCAAGCUAAUGUGUUCAUGCCGUCGCUACAGUUUUCUUUCGUACCUUGGGAUCAUGACGAUGAGGCAGUGGAGAUCUGCCUUCGCUACGUGAAACUGCACGCCGCCUUCACCGACGAAAUCGUGGCCGCUAUGGAGGCCUCAGUCCGAGAUGGCACCCCUGUCAACCCGCCCAUCUGGUGGAUAGACCCUACUGACGAAGUGGCCCUAACCAUUUGGGAUGAAUUCUUGCUUGGUGAAAGAAUAUUAGCUGCUCCUGUAGUAGAAGAAGGCGCAGUUUCCCGUAACAUCUACCUGCCCCGGGGUAACUGGCGCGAUGGUGUCACUGGCGAGCUUCACCAGGGACCCUUGUGGCUCAACGAUUACCCAGCACCUCUCGACACAUUACCCUACUUCACUCUUGAGAACUGAAGUAUUUGUUUUUAUCAUGAAAAAUAAAUUGAACUGAGAAAGACUUUAAAUGUUCACUUGAUAUUGUUGUAGUGUUUUUAAUUAGUUAUUUUAUGUAAAUAAAUUAUUUAUUUAAA